AUGGAUCCCCACGCAGCCCUUGAGCUGCUGGAGUAUUUGCGCAGUGGCUAUCCAGUCUUUCUGCUAAUCCUCUUUGUCGUGGCCUUCGUUGCCAACACCACUGUCACUGCGAAGAACGCCAGCAAACAUGAAUCUCAAUCCCUCGGUCCCGGAGGACGCCCACUCCCUCAGCGGCUACGAACGGUGCCUGCCUACCACACGCCUCGGGAGUUCUCGCGUAAUGUCAAACAUGUUUUCAAUUGGCUCUCCGUCGCCGUUCUCUUGACGUUCAUUGCCGAUGCAACUAUCUAUAUCGUCCAUGUGAUGCUGGCCAGGUCAGAGAAUUGGUGGCGAGGACAAUCCUUUGUGAUCUACGUCGUCGGCUCGUUUUUUGUCUAUGCAGUGCUACUUAUGGCAAUGCUAGAUACCUCUCCCUCACCCACUCUAGCCCAAUUCGUCUGUUGGUCCGUUGCCGUCCCCAUCGAAAUGGUCAUUCUUAGCACCUCCCUUUCCAUAUACACCUCCGCUCACCAUGAGCCCAUUGUUGGGAACCCGGAGGGAGGUCGGGUCCGCAGGAGCAUCACAUUCUGGGAGUGUCUGGAAGUGGGGUCGAACAGUAUCCGCAUCCUCAUUCUGUUUGCCCUGGUUCUGCUCUAUGUCAUUCAAUCACUGAGCAUGAAGAGCCAAGAGAAGGCAAGCAAACGAGUCAAUGGCGCCACAGAGACCACAGGCCUUCUAGAUCCCGCUGGCGCAGAAAAUGGCAAUGGUCAUGCUCAUGCAAAUGGAAAUGGAAAUGGAAAUGGAACAGCGAAUGGCCAUUCGUAUGGUUCAACGAAUGGAACCGCUCGUCCCCAGCCCUCUAAGCCUACGGACCCGUGGGUGCGUCCUACAACAAUUCCUUCCACUAGCUGGUGGGAGUAUUUGAGCGGGUACUCGCUAUUCUUCCCAUACCUGUGGCCCUCUAAGUCCCGCCGCUUACAACUAGUCGUUACGUUUUGUUUUGGGCUCCUCAUGUGUCAGCGAGUCGUCAACGUCUUGGUACCGUACCAGAUCGGCCUUAUUACGGGUUCCCUGACCAAGGGCCAGGAAGAGGGCGGGGAGUUCGAAGUACCCUGGAUUCAAAUUUGUCUGUAUGUGGUCUACCGAUGGCUGCAGGGGAACCAGGGCUUGCUCAGCUCUCUUCGCUCCAGUCUCUGGAUUCCCGUGAGCCAGUAUUCUUACAUGGAACUUUCCACCGCCGCUUUCGAGCAUGUGCAUGGUCUCAGCUUGGACUUCCAUCUUGGUAAAAAGACCGGCGAAGUCCUGUCUGCCCUGAGCAAGGGUAGCUCGAUCAAUACGUUCCUUGAACAGGUGACCUUCCAGGUGGUGCCGAUGCUUGUCGAUCUUAUCAUUGCAAUCGUGUACUUCUUGGUUGCAUUCGAUGUGUACUAUGCGCUGGCUGUCGGUAUCUCCACAUUUGGUUAUCUCUAUGUCACCAUCCGCAUGGCCCAGUGGAGAGCAGAGAUCAGAAGACAAAUGGUCAAUGCCUCGCGACAAGAAGACGCCGUCAAGAAUGAUUCUAUGGUCUCAUACGAAACCGUGAAAUACUUCAACGCCGAACAGUACGAGUUCAACAGGUACCGGGGCGCUGUGGCUGACUUCCAAAAAGCCGAAUACCACGUGCUCUUUUCUCUUACUUUGCUGAACACCUGCCAAAACACCGUGUUCAUGCUGGGAUUAUUGGUCAUGUGCUUCAUCUGUGCAUACCAAGUUGCAAUCGGCCAGCGCCCUGUGGGCAAGUUUGUCUCUUUAUUGGCCUACAUGGUUCAACUUCAGGGCCCACUCAAUUUCUUUGGCACCUUCUAUCGGUCCAUUCAAUCUGCAUUGAUUAAUGCUGAACGCCUGCUCGAAUUGUUCCGUGAGCAGCCAACCGUGAUUGAUAGCCCCCGGGCUACUCCGUUGGCAGUGUGCAGGGGCGAUAUCAAGUUCGAGGAUGUUGAGUUUGCCUACGAUGCGCGAAAGCCUGCGUUGAACGGCCUUACCUUCCACUGCGAGCCAGGAACCACGACAGCCUUGGUUGGCGAGUCGGGCGGGGGCAAGUCCACCGUUUUCCGCCUCUUGUUCAGAUUCUAUAAUGCCGAAAAUGGCCGCAUUUGUAUCGACGGACAAGAUGUGCAGGACAUCACGAUUGAUUCACUCCGCCAGAAUAUUGGCGUGGUGCCUCAGGAUACUGUGCUCUUCAACGAGACGUUGAUGUACAAUCUGAAAUAUGCCAACCAGAACGCUUCCGAUGAAGAGGUUUUCGAAGCUUGUCGCGCCGCCAGCAUUCAUGAUAAGAUCAUGAACUUCCCUGACGGCUAUAACACCAAGGUUGGGGAGCGUGGCCUACGGCUUAGCGGCGGCGAGAAGCAACGUGUGGCGAUUGCUCGCACCAUCAUUAAAAACCCUCGUGUCAUUCUUCUAGAUGAGGCAACCGCAGCUCUAGAUACAGAUACAGAGGAGCAUAUUCAGAGGGCACUUUCCACCCUUUCCAAAGGUCGCACCAUGCUGGUAAUCGCUCAUCGUCUCAGCACCAUUACUACCGCUGACCGCAUCUUGGUCCUGUCUGAAGGUCAAGUGGCGGAAAGCGGCACCCAUGAAGAGCUUCUAGCAAUGAAGGGUCGCUAUGCAAGCAUGUGGCGGAAGCAGAUCCGUGCACAAAAGGCCGCGCAAGAGCAAGAGCGACUCCGUGCCGCAACCACCAGCGAUGACAGCUCGAGCCGUGAUGACAGCUCGAGCCAAUCGGAUGAAGACCGCAAAGGCGUUCCUUGCCGGGCCAGCUGA